GCUAAAGAUAAAAGCAAAAAGACGGGAACCAUAAAACACUGAGCUAUCGAUACUCACCCUAUCCGCCUGAAGAUGAUAAAGUUUUGGUCACUGGACGAUAAGUCCUCGCGCCAAUUCAUUUGACAUGCCCUUCUAACCUGAGGUACCUAGAUAGAUGCUUGAGUGGUUGGCACCCCGCGUGUCGACAGUAUGGUGGGGUACGACACUAAGAACGGGUCCCUCUUCGCAGGCGAUGUAAAUUUUGCGACGGAACCCACGCCUCUCGACUUUCGACAUUGCGUUCUGCGCUGCAACCUUCAACCUCUUUGGUCAUGUACAUCGAAUACGAACGCGCAACACUGCAAGAAGCUUUUAGCCCAAGCUUGUCGUGAUCCAAACCCACGAUCACUGCGUAUUGCGUACCCCUCAGACCUGCGAUCGGCACCCCAUUCCUGCCGACGCUUCCAGCGCCUGAGCAAGCUCGCAGCUUUUCGCAACGAUCCAACCUUCGCCCUCACGACAACCAGGAAUAAACACUGCUCCUCCUAAUAAUGGCGAUCGCUGCAUCCGUUGAUAGUCCCGUCAAGCAGCAGCUUGUGGAUAAGCUGCCAAAGCGGUUCAAGGGCAUCAAGUUUGGUAUCCAAUCCAAUCAAGAUAUCGCCAACCAAGCCGUUCUUGAGGUUUCCGACCGUU